AUGGGCGGCGAUACCCCAUCAACAAUGUUUGGGGGCGCCAACAGCGACGGCGGCAGCAGCAAUGGCACAACGAAGAAGGACGUAGAGCACUUGCCGAUGCCCUCCAGAAACCCUCUGCCUCUCUCGGCGUCACAGGAGGCCCAAGUCCGAGACAUCUUUUACGCCAGGGUCAGGAGUAAAUGUACCGAGGAGAUUAAGGCCUUCGCCGAAUGCGCCCUAGGCCGCACCUUCUCCGUCCCCUUUGCCUGCCGCGAGCCCCACCGGGUCAUGAACAGCUGCAUGAAGUUGCACGCCAACCAGGCGGAGCAGGACGCCGCGCGCGAGGAGUGGUUUGCGCUACGCAUGGAGCGCGCCCGCGAGCGCGAGCGCAAGGCGCGCCGGAAGGCCGAGCAGGAGGCCUUUUUGCGCGAGUGGUGGGGCUUGCCCGAGAAGGACCGCGAGGAGGCCCGCAAAGAGCUGGAGAAGAUGAACCGGAAGGAGAGGGUUGGCGGCUAUGUGGGGAAUAAUCGCCUUAGGGAUGCGCAGAAUAGUAAGAUAUUGGAGCAGGCGAGGCUGGAGAGGGAUGGGAUUGAUCGGGAUUUGCAUACGUGA